CCAGUGCCAUAUAUUGUUCAUUAUAAUGAAAAUAAUCGGUAUUGAUGAUACUCAAAAAUAAACUGAAGAUAUACAAUGUUGAUCUUUAUUACAAACCCCUGUGAUCCUAGUCGCUCAAUUUAUACGGUUCCAAGGCCAGGUGUUAUUGUCAACAUCUUAUAGAAACUCGUUGAAACAGUUGGCAUGAACAUUUGUUGAUAUUUUUGUGUUCUGAGUAUUCUUUUUUUUGCAGAAUUUUAUCUAUUUCUGCUUCUUCUACUGCCCAAAAAUGUUUGGGUUUCUAUUUAUCUGCAAUUUGCAAACAACUGGAAAGGAGACAACUUUGCGCAACAGAAUAGGAGGGUUGACAUUGGGACACUUGCUCCAGGAAGAUAUGAUGUUUUAUUUCCCUUGCUCACGCGGCUCAGGGAAAUAUGAUGUUUUACUUCCAGGCCAUGUGAUGCAUUUCAGCUAAUCACAGGCACUUUUAUAAACAUGAGGUAUAAUAAUUAAUAGAAAAACCGAAAUUGCAUUUCUUUUUUCUGCUAGUACAGAGUAUUAUGAAUAUUUACUAAUAGGGAUAUUAAUCACUACGGGGGUUGGAGACACAACUUCCCUAUAAGUGUAGCUCAAGGUGCCGAUCCUGAUGAAACUGCCAUGUAUCCUGAAAGAUACUGGAGGUCUCGCUCAAAAAUCCAGCUUGUUGCUGUUACCCAUAGUACAACAUUGCAGGACGUUCUACUUGAUGCCAGAAACAAACUUGGAAUUGAUGCCCAGGUUAUUUACACACCACAAGGAGCAAUCUUAGAUGAUGUCCUUCUGAUUAGAGAUGAGGAUGUGUUUUAUAUAUCUGCUGGAGAACCUUUCAGGAAACCAAGUUCAACAACAGCCUCUGAGCCUGCCACAGAUAUCACCAAAAAGUUUAUCAAAGGCCAUGAAAGGAAAAUGUCUUCUGGUACUACCUCUGCUUGUCAUUCGUCGGAAUGGGUGACACUCAAUGUGGGUGGAAAGAUAUUCACCACUACUCGAAGCACCUUGACACAGCAAGACUCUACAAGUAUGUUAGCACGGAUGUUUGGAGAUGAAAAAACUGUGACGUGGCAUAGCAGUGUAGAUGAAAGUGGGGCCUACCUGAUAGACCGAAGUCCUCGCUACUUUGAACCCAUACUUAACUACCUCCGUCAUGGACAAUUAGUCCUCGACAAAGAUAUCAACCCACAAGGAGUCUUAGAGGAGGCGCGGUUCUUUGGUUUGACCUCCCUGAUGGACUCUCUAGAAGAAAUUAUAGAGAAAAAUCAGGUGCCUGAUGACCGUACUCCCAUCACCCGGAGAGAACUGGUGCUUCGCCUGCUAUCAACACCCACCAACAAAGAGCUCCGAUGUCAGGGGAUGAACUUUACUGGUGCCAAUCUCUCAAAGCUUGAUCUGCGAUACAUUAAUUUUAAAUAUGCUAUCCUAAAGAAUGCAAAUCUUGCUGGUGCCAACCUAUCCUAUUGUAACUUUGAGAGAGCUGACCUGAACAAGACAAUACUGGAUUCCGCUAAUCUGUUGGGUGUUAAGAUGUUAUGUGCCAACCUUGAAGGAGCUUCCCUCCGAGGAUGUAACUUUGAGGAUCCUGCUGGCAGUCGAGCCAAUUUGGAAGGGGCAUUAAUGAAGAAUGUGAAUUUGGAAGGCAGUCAGCUGGCAGGAGUGAACUUAAGAGUGGCGACUCUAAAGAAUGCUAACCUUCAGAACUGUGAUCUGCGUGGAGCUGUGCUCGCAGGAGCCGAUCUCGAAAACUGUGAUCUGUCUGGCUGUGACUUACAGGAAGCUAAUCUACGAGGAGCUAACCUGAAGGGAGCUGCCUUUGAACUGAUGUUAAAUCCUCUCCACAUGGCACAAGCAGUUAGAUAGAAGUUCUUCACAGAUUCUGUCUAUAGCUGUCAAAACGAAAUCUGUCUCUAGCUGUAAGAAUCCAUAGAUUCUGUUUCAUCAGACUAAUAUUAGAUAUGUUUGAUUUGCUGUUGCUGGCAUGGGCUGAAAGAGAUACCCAUGGAUUCUGUCAUGGGCUGAUCGAGAUAUGUGUAAAUUCUGUCUACCGAUUUCAGAUAUCAAUACUGAUUCGGUCUCCUGAUUAUAUUAGAUAUCUACAUACAUCGUCAUGGGCUGAUUAGAGAUAUCCUUGGAUUUUGUCUCCUAAUAUCUGAUAUCUUUACAGAUUAUGACUCCUGAAGAUAUCAGAUAUCUACAGAUUAUGUAAUGGGCUGAUAGAUAUCCCUGGAUUCUGUAAUCUGAUAUCAGAUAUCUAUACAUAUUCCGUCUCCUGAAGAUAUCAGAUAUCUACAGAUUCUGUAAGGGGCUGAUAGAUAUAUCCAUGGAUUAUGUCUCCUGAUAUCAGAUAUCUAUACAUAUUCGGUCUCCUGAAGAUAUCAGAUAUCUACAGAUUCUGUCUCCUGAUAUCAGAUAUCAACAGAUUCUGUGAUACAGCCGAUACAUUAAGUACAGAUAUGUAUGAAUUCUGUCUGCAGCUCUCAGAUUAGUAAUGACUUCUGUCACUGGGUGUUAAAUGUAGCAUAUGAAUACUGGCUCGAUUGAAAUGUUGCAUGGCUCAUCAGAUAAAUUUUGACCUUGUAUUUCGAUUCAACAGAAAAUCUCAAAUAUGUUUUACAACCUUAUGUUUCAUACAUCUGUACUGGGAAUCAAAUACUCUUAUAAAACAAACCUACUUUACCGGAAAUUUUACUUUAGAGCUUUUUAUACAGAAAGCAUUGUGCUUAAUUAUGAUUGUGCUAAUUAUAUCCUGCUUAUAUAUACACAGUAUAUAUAUUGGUUUUUAAGUCAAGUAUUCUAGUUACACUAAUUUAUUAUAAUAAAAAAUUGCACUUUUUCAUUUAUAUUUGGUUAUGUUCUCAAAUUUGAGUUUUCCAAAAUAAGUGUUUUUGUAGUAUUCAGAUAUACCAUAAUGCAACUUAAAAAAAUUAGUAAGUCCACUUUAGCAAAAAUAUACAUAUGUUGUAUGUGAAUUUGUGAACAUUCCGUUCAAUUCUUGAAAUAACAGUAUAACUCCAAGUUAAAUUCAUCCUUCAUAAUUACAUAUUAAAUAUUUUAAUCUUUGUAAUAAAAACUUUUUGCCUAUCAAGAUAAUAGUUUUCGGUACUUUAAGCUGGAUGUACAAUCAAUGUAUAUUAAAGAGGUUUGAUAAUUAGUUGUCUUGUUGACGACUGUUCACUGGUAAUGUGUGAAAGAAAAAAAAUGUGUCUAUAUAUACAAACUGUGCUAGUCAAGAAAAUAUGUAUGUGUGUUUGUCAAAGACAUUUAAAUUCAUGAUGCAGUGCUUUUUAACAUGAAGUAUAAAUGUGUGGAUCAUUCUUCAAACUCUCCAAGCAUCCAAGCAUGCAUGUACAUGUACUGUAGGCUCAAGUUCCGAGGCCUGUAUGAUUGUAAUCAUUUAUGGAUUAUUUAUUUAUUUGUGUAUGAAUUCUAAUUUUGUUCUUUUUUAUCUACAUACCUGUAAAUUACCUCAUUGAACACUCAAUGAAGAAAUGCAAGCUCUCAAAACUCAUUUUCAAGAAAAAAGUGCUUCUGUUCUGAUUUCAGUAAUUAGAUUAAUUAUUAUGAUCUAUUUUACUGAAUAUUUUUAGUGAAGUAUGUGAUCAUUGAUGUAUACAAUGUAUACUUAUCAAAUUAUUUUCUUGGAAGAUUUUGUAAUGUGACAUUAUUGGAAUCGAAAUUAAAUAAUAAUAACAUUUUGGUUGAAGAAGGAAUGCACCUCCUAAACCUGUAAACAAGACAGCUACUGAACAUAUAAUACCUUGUUGUUCUACAGCGUGUUACAAUCUACAACAUGUUACCGAAAUUUUCUGUGUACUACCCACUCCAAGGGACUAUAUAAGUCUGUGGAAAGCAAAAUGUAGCAUUUUUCAGGAUUUAGUAUGAAUAUUUUGAAAAUUAGCCCACACAGUAGAUUGCUUGUGGUUAGUACGCUGAAUCAACUCCUAUAAAACCAGCAAUUCAUAUAUUUUGGUAGACAUUCAUGAUGUCCAUUGUUAUUUACAUUAAUUUGAUGGUUAACAUGAACAUUUUACACAGAUUAUGGUAUGUCCGUCAUCUGAAUAUGAAUUGAAGAGAUUAAAAAUCUGAAGAAACAAUUAACAUGCACUUUGAUAGAAAAUGUAGAUAGAUAGCCAGCAAAAGGCAUCUCAGAUGUAAAAUGAUCGUAUAGCCUUUAAGGUGUAUGCAGGAAAUUACAGUAUACAGCUGGAGUCAAUGUGUUUUUAUAGAUGUGGUUGAGGACCAGCCCUCUCUUUGGCCAGAUUUGUUUCAGCCAACAGUUUCAUAGUUUGUCAUUUCCUCAUUAUCAAAUCAAUCCAUUUAUACUUGUCUAGGUAAUUAUUAAUGUAUACCAUUUGAUCUAUUAGAAAUAUAUAAUUCUAUUUUCUCUAUCUAGAUUUGCCUCUUAUUGUAUUUAUCAAUAUUCAAGUUAUCACAGUCCAGAUGUAAUAAAAGUACAAAGGGCCAUAACUCUGUAUGUUACAGUUGAAUCGGCCUUCAUGUCAAACUAGUCGAGAUCUUAUUGAUAUAAGGCUGCAUGCCAAGUUUCAUGAAAACUUGUUUAUAUUUACUCGAGGUAUCAAGUUCACAAGUUCCAAUGGCAAAAAAAAAUAAAAUCUAAGGGCUUUAACCCUGUAAGGUACAAUUGAAUCGGCCCCUCUUAAGAUCUUACAAGUCCCCUACCUAUGAAACCAGGCAUUAUAGGUUUCCUCUCCAUCCGUCUUCAACAGAUGUAUAAAAAAUGUCAAUGUUUGUAAGCACUUUGGCAGCUUCAUUCCUUUUUGGAUAACAUAUCUUUAUUUCAUCGCCUGAAAUCAACCAAUCCCUGACUUUUAGUCAAAUUUAAUGUGUUUGGACCUUGGGCUGAUUAUUACAGGAUAUAGAUACAGUAUUUGUAUUUCUCUAACUUUAAGUAUGCAGUGUACAGUAUGCAAGUUUUUUGUGAAAUAUGAAAAGAAUUGUGCAAACUUUUUGUUAUCGAGAGGCAAAAAAAUAAACCUUAUAUAUUUGACUAGUAGCUCUAGCACUGAUUGACUCCUUCAUCUUCUAGUCUAUAUAUAUAUCCUUUUUACCAAAUGAUAUUUAUUUGAAGACACAUUUUUUUACCAUGCUCAACCUUUUGUGUUAUAUAAAGCAACGUGUAUCACUUGCAUUUAACUUUUUUUGACUAUUGUUGUGGUAACCGUCAGAUGUUGCAUUUAGAAAUUGUUCACGAUUAUUUAUUGCGACAUAUGUUUAAUCAAGGGAUAUAUAACAGUUGUGUUUUUAUUCCUUUUUCUUGUCUAAACAAGGGGUAUUUACACAGCGUUAUUACUUUAUCAAAUUUUAAGUCUCUAUGAAUUAACCAUUGGGAGAACAAUAAAAUUUUCAAAAA